AUGGCUCAAACAAAUGAUAUAGAAAAUCAAAUGAAUGAAUUAACGAUACAAAAUAAAAAUAAUGAGACCAAACCUAGGAUUAUCGCUUCGUUAUCCCUUCAAACCAUUAUUCCGGAACUUGUAGAGUAUAUAUUAAUUUAUCUACCGAUUCCUUAUACAGUUUCACCUGUUUGUAAAUUGUUUCAUGAGAUAGUUUCGAAAUCAUCAAGUUUUAAACGACGUUGGCUUCGACUUUGGCUUCAUCCAAGAUUACCAGAUGCGUUCUUACCAAAGUAUUCUGAACUAUGUCAAGCGGUUGAAACCAAAACACCAUUUUAUAUAUUAGUACAAAUCAUCGAUCUACGAAGAUUAUAUAAUCAACCACUUGCAUCAUCAUCUGGGGGAAGUGUAUCCAAAUUAUUUGAUAAAGCUUUCAAACAUGAAGAAAGGGAGAAAUUAAUUAAUUUCCUAUUAUCUAGGGAUUUAAAUAUUGAUAAAUAUAUUAAAGAUCAUGCAUCAAAAGAUUUUGAAAGCACCGAAGGGGGAUCAGAACCGGAACGCAAAUCAAAAAAGGAUUAUCUCUCACCAUUAAUCAUAGCGGCGCAAACGUCAAGAAAGUUUGUGAGAAAACUUGAAUUGACGAAAACGUACUUUUCGGAUACGGAUUUGGCAUUCGCGAUCGUUCUAUAUGAAAGGCUUGACGUUGCAUCCGUUUUAUCGAAUCAUCCACAGCAUACAUUAGAUAUUUUGGAAGAAAGUGUUGACAGGCAAUACACGGAAGGGAUCGCAUGGGCGUUUAAACAUGGAGUUGGAAAGGUGCAAAAACAAAAACCUUUGUACCUUCGAAUGUGCAUUGAGAAAGCUGACGUUAAAUCGGCAAGACAGAUCAUAGAGAGUGGGGCCAACAUUAACAUAUCACCAUCAGCGCACACGGAUGAUCCGACAAGUUAUGGGUCCACGAGCCUUUUGGAGUUUUGUAUUCAAUGUUAUUUCGCAUACGCCAGCGAGGAAGGAAAUAAACAAGCAAGGCGGGAGUUGAUCGAACUAUUCCUGACAUCAGGAUCUGAUCCAAACGCGGACGAUGGUAGACCAUUAGCACUAUGCGUGACCAAUCAUGAUUACGAGAUGGUCCGACUGUUGUUAAAUUAUGGCGCCGACGUGAAUUGUGAUGAUAAGUUGGCGAUUAGGAUAGCGACCGAUAUGGGGUACAAAGACAUGGCAAGGAUGUUAUAUCGUAUAUCCAAACCGGAUGAAAUGUCACAAUCUAAUCCCACGAUUAGCUCAACCGGUGAAGUUGUUAAAGGGAUGGUGAAAAGAAUGAGCAUGUUGGGAAGGGGUAGGAGAAGGAGCGAAGGAGAUGCGAAUCAUCAUCAUGUAAGACAAGGAUCUAGUAUUUAUGUCCAUAAGAAAGGUGCUUCAAGAGGUUAA